UGUAUCUCCCUCUCACACAGGCCCCUGGGCUGUGUGAAUUCACAUUUGGGUGGCAUUCGUCUAACUCUCCACGUGAUAAAGAAAUUUUUAUUCUGACUCAGACAUGGCGCAGAAAAGCUCAGACGCUACCUGCUCCCAAUCCCUGUGCUUCGACAUCUUGACCAAGGCAUGUGUGAGCUGCUCAGAACUAGCUGGAAAAUCCAAGGAGGAGACAACAUACCACAUCACCAGCAUAGCCCCCACUUCAACCCAAGCACCUGUCCUUAGCCCAAUUUUGCUCUUUGGGAUCCCUGCUUUAGUGGGGCUAGUCCUGGUACUGGUUGCUCUUUGGGUAUUGCUGGUCUGUCGAGUGAGGAGGUGGCGGCAGAGGAAGAAGAGGAGACCCGAUGAAAAACCCAAGGAAAAUCUGUGCAACGUCACUUCCUGUGAAAGCCAAGCCUGUAAGAGACUGAAGCUGCCAGAAGAAAAUGAUCAUGUACUGGAAACCUGCCCACACCUGAAUGGCGCCCUGAAGCAUGCUGGGCCAGCAGGAAGAGGGGAUUUCUCAAAGAAGAAGCCAGUCUUCCAAGCUGGGGCAGGAAGUGAUGUCAUUAAGCUCGCUGCUCUAUCCACCGGCAAUGAAGAAUGUGACCAUGGCUUCCCGCUACCGGCAACUGAACUGGGAGCCACUGUCCUGGUGACCACAAAGACUAUUCAGAAUAACUGCGCCAUCGAGGAGAGACCAUGACAGCAGGCAGAAUAGGACUGGUGCUAGCUGGAUGCUUCUGAAAGUGACUAAAUACCUUCAUGUAGGUGCUAAAUGUGUUACAUGGAAAUGUCUUAAAUCAGAAUGAGGCUUUUUCCUGAAGCUAAGUCAGCCUCCUUUGCCUUUUGCUUUUCAUAUUUCCCCCUUUACAUGGCAGUUGAAGCCAGAAAGUCCCCAUAAUGCCCCAAACCAGUGGAGAAUACUUGAGUGAAAGGUAUUGUCCCUGAUCUAUGAAGACUGUAGCUGGAGAGGCUAGAAGAGAGAUGGCACAUGAGGAAAAGUGACUGUUCAGAGUCAGCUUACCAACUGCAUGAUUGCUGCAGCACCAGGCACGGGAGAACUCGCACCCAUGUUUUA